GGGAGGAGGGGAGGGGCCUCGGCGAGCCCAGAAAAACGACAACGCGAGAAAAAUUAGUAUUUUUGCACUUCACAAAUUAAUGACCAUGAGUUCGUUUUUGAUAAACUCCAACUACAUCGAGCCCAAAUUCCCUCCUUGCGAGGAAUAUUCGCAGCACGGCGGGGGCAGCAACUACCACCCGCAUCACCCCUCGCACCAGCACCACCAGCACCCCCCGCCGCCGCCACAACAGCAGCAGCACCUGCGCCAGCAGCAGCCGCAGCACCCGGGCCCGCCGCUCCGCGAGUACUACCCGCGGCCGAGCAGGGAGCCCGGAUACCAGCCGCCGCCGCCGCCUCCGCCUCCGCCGCCUCCCCCUCCUCCUCCUCCUGAGGCUCUCUACCCCGCGCAGCCACCCCACUACCCCGAGUCGCCGUACAGCUACAGCAGCCUGGGCGCCCCCGCGGGCCAGGAACAGCCUCCGCUUGGGAGCUCCCCGCCACCCCCGAACCCUCCUCCUCCUCCUCCUCCAGCGCCCGCGCCUCCUGCGCUGAAAGGCCACCGCAUCCAGGCGCAGCCCCUGCUCCAAGGCCACGUCCCUCAGCACCCGCACCAGCCCCCCCAGCGCCACUGCGCAGCGGCCCCGGUGGCCGGCAGCCCCGCUUGCCCCCUCUUGCCGGACAAGAGCCUCCCCGGCCUCAAAGGGAAGGAGCCCGUGGUCUACCCCUGGAUGAAGAAGAUCCACGUGAGCACGGUCAACCCCAACUACAACGGAGGGGAGCCCAAAAGAUCCCGAACUGCCUACACCAGACAGCAAGUCCUGGAGCUGGAGAAGGAGUUCCAUUUCAACCGCUACCUGACCAGGAGGCGACGCAUCGAGAUCGCCCACACGCUCUGCCUCUCCGAGCGCCAGGUCAAGAUCUGGUUUCAGAAUCGGAGGAUGAAAUGGAAGAAGGACCACAAACUGCCCAACACUAAGAUGCGCUCCUCCAACCCCUCCGGUCUCAACCAGCAAGCCAAAGCGCCGGCACAACAGCAGCAGCAGCAACCCCGGGGGAGGUUGACCCCCAGCUCAACAGCGCUAUGAUGGCCCUUCAUAGGCAGGGGACCCCUGAUCAUCCCUACCCACGCCUAGUUUCGUUUAGCAC